GAAAGUAAAAUUUCUUCAAUUUCUUCAGCUGGUAUCGCGCGCGGCACAUUAGACUGGCGCUCGCGACAUGGCACACAAGCUCAUCCUGCUGGGCAUCCUUCUACUGGGCUCCCUCUACUGCCUCCACCUCUUGGCACAGGACUACCAAAAAAUCCGUCGUCCCGCUCAAAUGGCCACAAAAGCCGUUGCAAAGGCACUGGGGUUGGAUUUCCUAACCGGCCGGAGACGUCGCUCCACGGACGAGCAGCAUGAGCAGCCUGAGGCGUCAAUUCAGUGGGAUACCCUCUUGAGACAUGAUCCACUUCUCUGUGCACCAUCUCUCGUCUGCCAGCUGGCUGCUGGAGCCACCGUGGACUUCCACGAGGGUGUCUCCAUAAAGAACUUCAUACUCACCAAUGCCAAUGAGUCAGCACCGGAGAAAGUGAAAAAGGCGCGUGAGCUCGGACACCGGGCAGACAGCGUGAAGGAAUGCUUCAAGAAAUUCAACUUCUGCCCCUACUCCGCCAAGACGAUGCUGCGGAUUAUUCAUUUGCAGACAAAAUUGCUAAAUUGA